AUUAAGGGCUUCAAUUCCUGAUAAUGCGCGUCGUUAGAACACGUUGGUCAUUCACAAAUUGAGAGUCACGCGAUUAGACAGGAAUUAAGAAGAUGCUCCGAUUUUCAUUGCUCUUUUUCAUCUUGAUGACCGUCCUGGCCAACGACCCCCAACAAAUCUACCAACCAACCGAGGGUCUGAUAAAAUUGAGAAAUCAAGGCUAUGAGACGAACCAGGAGUUUGAUUUGGAAGAACUCGCUGACAAAUACAACAAACAGAGUUUGAACGUGUUCCUGGACGAGAGUGCAACAAUUGACAUAAAACCCAUUGUGCCAAUGGUAGUUCAGUUUCCCGCCAUUCCCGAUAUUCUUGGCCGACCAGCUAUUAACUGCAGAGACGAAAAUAGAAGUGCCAAGUGGAAACCUAACUCGGCGCAUUUAUCGCUGGCCUGAAGUCCAAUUUACAAACUUACUCUGAAAAAUAAUUUUUUUUAAAUAUCAGUAGCAUCACCUUCUCUCAAAGUUUAAUUGGACGUAUAAGAGUCAAUAUAAAUGUUGUGAAAG